AUGGCCCUCAGCAGCGAGCGCUUCGGUGCCCUUCUAGGGAGAACCGUUAAAGUCACCUUAAAAUGCGGCGUCUUCCAGGGGGUGCUGCAGCACGUGAACCCCGACCGGAGCCUCCUCCUGCGGACAGUGAAGAACUUGGAAACGGGCAGAAGCAGUCCAGGAGUAAAGAUGUUUUUUGGCCAUGAAAUAGUCAAUGUGGAAUUGCUGGACGAACCAGAUUCAGGGAAGGGAACAGCAAUGCUCUCCGAGUGCACUUCAGCUGUUGAAAGGAACAAACAAGCAGACACAGGACCAGCAGAUUGUAGCCCACGGAGUUCUCCUUGUGUUUCCUUAGAGAGCCAGCUCAGAGCCUCAAAUGGCUUAAAAUACUCCUUCUCAGGUAAUACAACAUCUUUCCCAGGGAAGAAAGAAGAAGAGAAUGUGGACUACACAGUUGUUGAUUGUUUCCAGCAGAAAUUUGGCCCAGCAGUGCUGCACCUGAAACAGCAGUGUGUUGUCAGUGUAGCAGGAGAAGGUGUUAAUUUGUGUCGUCACGGAAGACUCUCAUGGCUUGAGAUAGCAACAAAGAGCCGUAUUUUUCUAUUUGAUAUCUUCCUUCUGGGACCUCAGGCUUUCAAAAAUGGAUUACAAAUGGUGCUGGAAGACAAAAACAUCUUGAAGGUCAUGCAUGAUUGCCGCUGGAUCUCAGACUGCCUCUUUCACCAGUACGGUGUCCUUCUCUUCAAUGUCUUUGAUACACAGGUUGCUGACGCUCUGCAGUUCUCAAUGGCAACAGGCGGCUUCCUUCCGCACCGUGUCUGCACGUUACAGGAGUGUUUGAUGCAGCACUUGAAGAUACCUUCCAAAUGGGAUGCCAUCAUGAAGCGCAGGCAGCAGAUGGCUUCAGAGAAUCCCGACACGUGGUUCUUGAGACCCUUUCCAGCUUCUCUGCUUAAAGCACUUGCUCUGAAGGCUAUGUACCUUCUGCUGCUUCACUCAUCUCUAAUGGAUAAUUUGAUGUCUGACCUAACAGCUGUAGUACAUGAUUAUUUAAAUGCAUAUCGGACUGAGUCUGGAGAUCACCUUGGGAGCACGAAGCCCACCUGCAUGGAGCUGCCAGAGGAGCUGCGUCAGCUGGCACGGAUCCAGAAGCUACGAAGGGAGAAAGCAAUAAAAGACUACAGACUGAAUGAGGAUGGUCUUUUGAUCAGACCAGCCAUGGAAUCAAAAGAGAGAAACGAUCCACAGAAGGAUGGAGACUACAGAGAUGACAGGGAUUGCUUUCCCACAAUUAAAGCGGUGUCUCAAAUUACAUCCCUCUACAAUCAGGAUGUGCGUUGUCAAGAAAAGCUUGAAAAUCAAAAUCAAGUAGUAAAUCUGUGGAAGAACCUUAAACCGACGUCAGGCUGGCCGUAUGAAUCUGAUUUCCGAUAG